UGUAUAAAAAUUAUGACCGUCAAAAUUAUUAUUUCUAUUUUCUGCAUCUUCCGAAUAUAUAUUUCUCUUGCAGCUUAGCAAACAGAGAAACACAGCGUUAGUUACGGUUACGGUGUUGUAAUAUUUUAUGGUACUUCUGAGCUUAGCCAGAAUUUCUAUAUAUAAAGGGCCAUUAGAAUAGAGUAUCAGGAAUUUAUGUAUAUGUGAAGAGAAAUUAAGAGAACGGUUAGAAACAUGGUAAUUUCUUCUUCUUCUUCUUCUCAAGAAAAAUAUGACGUGUUUCUCAGCUUUCGAGGAGAGGACACACGAGAUGGUUUUACUGGAUAUCUCUAUAACGCUUUGUGUCAAAAGCAUAUCCUGACCUACAAAGAUGAUGAAAACCUUCCAAAGGGCCAUCAAAUUUCAGAACUUAAGAAGGCGAUUGAGAAAUCUAAGAUUUGCAUAAUAGUUUUCUCAACAAACUUUGCUUCCUCCACAUGGUGUUUAGAUGAAGUGGUGCACAUACUUAAAUGCAAGAAAAAUAUUGGGAAUGUCAUACCCAUUUUUUAUGGCAUAGAACCCUCUAUUGUACGGAAACAGGGGGAAAGUUAUGCAGCAGCGUUUGCUGAACAUGAACGUUUUAAGGACAAAAUGGAAAAGGUGCAGCAGUGGAAGGAUGCUCUCAAAGAAGUGGCUAAUCUCAGCGGUUAUGAUUCAGAGAAUUUAAGGCCUGAGUAUAAGUUAAUCGAAAAAAUUGUUGAAGAUAUUUUAUUGAAAUUGUCCAAAUACGUAUCAACAAAUGAUCCUUUCAAGAGGCACUUGAUUGGAAUUGAAAAGCCAAUGGAAGAAAUUGAACGAUUAUUAUGCAUUGCCACAACGGAUGUUCGCAUCAUAGGUCUUCAUGGCAUGGGUGGUAUUGGAAAGACCACCCUUGCUCAUGCUAUAUUUCGAAAGUUUUAUCGUCAUUUUGAAAGUUACUGCUUUCUUAACGACAUUAGAGAAGAAUAUGAAAGAUAUGGAAUAAUUCAUUUGAGAGAGAAACUUCUUUUUGAGCUGUUCAAAGAUAAAACUUCUCUAAGCAUGGAAUCAAUUCCUAUUCAAGAUAGAUGUCGCCGUACGAAGGUUCUUAUCGUUUUAGAUGAUUUGGAUUCAAUAUCCCAAUUAAACAGAUUAUUACCUAAUGUGUAUGAGUUUGGUGAUGGAAGUAGAAUUAUUAUCACAACUAGAGAUGCACAAGUGCUCAAGUCAAGGGCAGAUAUACUUUAUGAGGUUAAGAGGUUAAAUGACUUUGAAGCUCUUAAGCUCUUUUGCUUGCAUGCUUUUGGACAAAAUUCUGAUCUUCUAGGAUAUGAAGCUUUAUCAACAAGUGUGGCAGGUUAUGCACAUGGCAAUCCAUUAGCUCUUGAAGUCUUGGGUUCUUCCCUUUACUCCAAAAGCAUAAACGAGUGGGAAAGUGCAUUGGAUAAGUUGGAAACAGAUCCAGACAAGGACAUUCAAAAAGUGUUGAAAAUAAGUUAUGAUGGAUUAGGUGACAAAAGCAUCCAAGAUAUAUUUCUUGACAUUGCAUGCUUCUUCGAUGGUGAAGUUGACAGAGACUAUGUGGAAAGCAUACUACAUCGCACUGAGCGUUCUGAUGCGACGAUAGCAAUAAGUGUUCUCAUUGAUAAAUCAUUAAUAAUUGAAUGUCAAAGUAGAUUGUCUAUGCAUGCUUUGCUACGACAAAUGGGUAAGGCUAUUGUUUAUGAUGAAAACAAAGAACCUGGAAAUCGUAGUAGGCUGUGGAGGACUAAGGAUGUUUGCCAUGUAUUGGAAAGAAAUACGGGAAGCUCUCAAAUUGAAGGCAUAUUAUUGAAUCAGUCUGAACUUGAAAAAGAUGUAAAUGUGAAACUUACAACAUUCUCAAAUAUGUGCCAUCUUCGAUUUCUUAGAAUGCAUUUUGAUGGUAGAUAUUGCGAUGGGGGCACAUAUCAGUACGAGAAAUUAGGAUGGGCUCCCUAUAAUCAAGAAUUGUGCAAAAAGAUAUAUUUUCCUGCUACAGAUAUUGGGUAUCUUUGUCAUGAACUAAGAUAUUUUCAGUGGGAUUCAUACCCUCUAAGAUAUUUGCCAUCAAAUUUAAGUCCUAAGAAUCUUGUUGAACUUGUUAUGCGUGGAAGCCAACUUGUGGAGCUAUUUUGGAAUGAACACCAGCCAUAUGGGAAGUUGAAGAAGAUGGAUCUUAGUUAUUCUGAGCACCUGAUUAAAAUACCAAAUUUGAGUACGGCUGUAAAUCUUGGAAGUAUAAAUCUUCGAGGUUGUACACGUUUGUUUCAAGUUCCUUCAUCUUUCAGGUAUCUCAAGAAGCUUCAAUUUCUAGAUUUGAGUGAUUGCAUGAAUCUGAAAGAUGGCAUAGAAAAUCUUCCAUUGAAUGUAAAGGAGUUAAGACUGCGAGGGACAGCAAUAAAAGUAUUGCCUUCAUCAGUGAAUCGUCUUUUGGGUCUCUCAGAUUUCGAUUUGAGUGCUUGUGGCAAUCUGAAUUAUGGAAUAGAAAAUCUUCCAUUGAAUAUAAAGAAGUUAAGAUUGUGUGGGACAGCAAUAGAAGUGGUGCCCUCAUCCAUUGGUUGUCUCAUGGGUCUCUCACAUUUAGACUUGUAUAAUUGCAAAAGACUUAAAAGUUUACCGAAAAGCAUUUGGAAGUUGAAAUCAUUGGGAUGGCUGGAUCUUUCUAACUGCCCAAACCUGGAAAAGCUUCCAGAAAUCCCGGAGAAUUGUACAUCAUCACUUCGAUUUUUAAAAAUUGGUGGUUGUACUGGAUUGAAAUCAAUAACUGAGCUUCCAUCAUCUUUAACUUGUCUGGCUGCAAAUCACUGCACAUCCCUGAAAACAAUAUCAAGGUGGAGGACUCCAACCACACAAGAUUAUGAUCCCCAACAUGAUCAAAAUAACAAAAAUAAAGGGGUCAUUUAUAAUUUUGAGCAUUGUUUAAACUUGGAUCACAACUCACGCAACAAUGUAAUUGCUGAUGGUGCAUGCCGUAGAAUUUUGUUUGCUCAGAAUGAUAUUGAAUAUCUUGAAACGUUGUAUCCAGGAUAUGAAAUCCCAACGUGGUUCAGUCGUCAAACUCAUCAUGGGAACUCAAUCUACAUCCAGCUUCCUCCAGAUUGGUUUAGUAGUAAUCAUCCCCGCUUCAAAUUUGUUUUUUGUGCUGUUUUUGAGUUUAAAAUUUCUGGGCCGGAAGCUAAGAUUCGGUUCAGUCUCAAUUUUGCAACCAACAAUGACCGUGAACUUGGUCUUUACAAUUAUGAAGACGCUUGCACGCUUCAAGUAAAUAACAAUACAGCACACGUUUUAAUUAGGUAUGUGACGAUCGAUUUGAGAGAUGUGUUUGGGGCAAACUGGUCCUCUAUAUGUAGCAUGGUCACUGGGGCUUCUUUCCACGUAUUUAUGGAAAGCAACAAAAAUGUCAACAAUUCGGAGAUCAAAAAGUGUGGGUUGGAGUUGGGGCUUGAGGCGUUGGGGAAAAGUCUCACUAAUGAGAAAGGCACGAGAGAAUACAGUCAACCCCAAUUUUUUGUUGGGUUUUUUUGAAAAAUAGCCAUCCCAAAAAUUGAAACUUGAAAAAUAGCAAAAAAUUUGUAAUCAACCCCAUAUUGACCAGGUUCAAGUAGUGUUCUAAAAGGCAAGAAAAGGUGGCGCACAGGGAGUUCCAGGCCCUACUUUGAUAUGGGCCCAAUUCGGUCGAACCUAGAACCUUAUGCCAAAUUUACCAAUGCCCACUUUGACAAGAUGAAAGUGAGGAUGAAUGGAGCGCCUACUUUGAGAUGGACUGGUCGAACUCAGAACCUUAUGCAAAGCCUACCAACACAAGUACAAGCAAUGUCUACCUUGAUGGGGGUGAAAACAGUAUCUACUUUGACCAAGCUGCAAGCACUGUCAACUUCGACGAGGAUGCAAGCAGUGUCUACUUUGAUCCCGGUGCAAGCAUUGUCUCUGACGAGGAAGAAGGCAGUGUCUACUUUGACCUGGGUACUAACGAUGUUUAAAAACCCAUGAAAAGAUGGUUUUGAGGUAUAGGAGAAAAAGCCUAGCAUAUGUGGAUGGUUUGAGGUAUGACAAGGAUGCAAUUGUUUUGUGUUAUUAUCUUUCAUUUGUUUGAUAAAAUAUGUUUGAAGGGGUAAUUUUGUGUUUUAAUUAAAUCUUUUGGUAGAAGAAUACUUGUCCUGACUAGUGCUUAAAGUUGAAUAUAUAGUACGCUAAGCAUGAUACCUGUUUUCGUCAAGAUAAUGUCAGUUUGUUUUUGUUUCUCAUUUGAAUGUUUUUCAGUCUGUGCCUAUGAAAGCAGAGAUCCAAAGAAUUGGCCAUGUUGACUUACUCUGCAUUUUCUUCAGCGUCCUGUAGGGGAGAGAGAGAGAGAGAGAGAGAGAGGAGAGAGAGAAGACUUCAACUAUGAUAAAUACAGAACAACAGAGAGAACUCAAUGAAUAUGAUAAUAAAAAAAAUACCGAAUUACUUUAUUAACAAGAUUACAAACAAUCUUUAAGAUCUAAGGAUGGGAAAAAGCUGCUAGAAAGAAUCAUAUAUGGCUAGCGAUAUAGCGUCACUGUUUGACUUCAUAGUUCCAUAUGUUUUUUGUUGUGUUGACAUUUUCCGUUGUAGUUUUGUUUAGUGAACAUAUUUUGAAACUUGUAUCUUCAAAUUUCUAAAUUUUGGUGAGAAAACAUUUUUGCUGUUGUUUUGAGCCAAGUUUUGUAGUUCUCGUGGGGACACUCUCCUUUUCCUACUAGCAGCAAAACUUAACAAAUUUCGAGACUAAUCCAUAGACCAAGUCUUUUGUCCUCGCAAUUAACAAAUUGGCAAUAGUUGUUAAUCUGCAAUUAGGUUGUUGUUGAUAGAUUUGUUCUUAGUGUGUGGUAGUUGUUGAACAAUUAUCAAAUGAAUCCGACUCUUGAGAUGCUAGAAUUUUUAUAGUACAUAAAAUCAAAGGAAGUUUUAUAGCUGUUGUGUUUGUUAGUGUAGCAAUCAGAUGGUCUUAAAAGAGAAAAUUUUCAGCAAUGAGUAUGACUUAAAAGCAUAGGAAAUACAUGAUCCAAGUUAUAUAUAUACAUAUGAUAUUUCUGAUAUUUCUGAAUUCUCUAUAAUGCAUUGCAUAUAUAUGGCUUUGCAUAUCUAUAUCUAGUUGAGCAUUUUUGGUUAUCUUGCCAAGUAAAAUCUCUUAAAACAUUUUUGUAUUUCAAAGGCUUUUUCUGGUUGCUUGGAGCAUAUAUAACCUACAGAGUACGAAUAGAAAGCAUGUUGAUUUUCCUGGUUCUUUUCUCUUUCGAGUGUGUUUGAUAAAAUACGCUUGAAUGGCUAAUAUUUGUGUUUCAGUAAAAUCUUUUGGUAGGAGACCGCUUGUCAUUCUAGAACUUUUACAGCAUACUAAGCAUGGCAUCUGUUUUCAAAUGGUGAUAAUGUCAGUUUGUUUUUGUUUCUCAUUUGAAUUGUUUUUCAAUCAGCCAUAAAAAACAGAGAUCAAAAGCAAUGUCAUUGUUUAAUUACUCAGCAUUUUCUUGAGUUUUGUCUAACUUUUUUUUGAUCUUCAAGUCAAAACAUCAAGAAGAUAAAAAACAAAAAAUUAUUCUACCAAGACAAUACUUGAGAAAGGAGAGAAUGGAAUCAAUAGGAUAAUAGAAAAUACUAAAUUACUUUAUUAACAAGACUGCAAUAUUGAUUAUAUAAUAUAUAUACAUAGAUUACGGACAAUCUUCCAAACUUUUAGGGAUGCAAAAGAGCUGCUAUAAAGAAUAAUGGAAGGUUACAUACAUAUAGUGUCAUUGCUCUACUUCACAAUUUUAUAUGGUUUUUGUCAUGUUAACAGUUUCUGUUGUAGCUAAUUUGUUUUGUGAAUAUAUUUUUCAAUUUUAUAGGAUUUGGUGAGAGCCCAUUUUUGCUGUUGUUUUCAGUAAAGUUUUGUACCUCUAAUGAGGAUCACUCUCCUUUGCUAUACAAUCUCCUUUUUCCUACCAGCAGCCAAACUUUACAAAUUUAGUGAUAGUUGUUGUUGACAGGUUUGUUCUUGGUGUGAUAGUGGGACAAUUAUGAGAUGUAAUUCAACUCUUGAGAUGUUAGAUUUAUGUGGUAGACAAAAUGAAAGGUAGUUUAAUACCUGAUGUGUUUGUUAGGACAGCAAUUAGAUGGCCCUAAGGAGAAAAUAUUCAGCAAUGAGUAUGACUCAGAAGCAUAGAAAAUACAUUAUCCAAGGUCUUAAUACUUAUGUUCCAUUUAAUUUCUUAACUCUUCAGUAUGGAAAAAUAAUAAGGCUAUGUAUUCCACUCCAUAUAUUUUGUCAAAUAGAGUUUGGAAGAUUGAAUACAAAUUGGAGGAGAAAACUCUCUUUAUAGAAUAAACUACUACUGCCAUUUUUUAUUUUCAGAACAAGUUAUUCUAAAUGUACUCUGUUUUAGAGGUCAUGAAUUCCUCUAUUUAGUAAUUGAAGGGUCCGUUUUCUAAGAUUGUUGUUUCUUUCUAAAGUCUGAAUGGUGAUUUUAAUAAACAAACACUAUUGAACUAUCACUCAAUAUUCUCUGUUUGUAUAUUAUCUAUUUUUAGCAGAUAAAGAAUAAUAUGCUUGGAACCCACCAGAGAAUUGGUAGCAAGCCGGAUAGUUAUGCACUUGUUAAGCUAGUCUCUUUCCCUGUUUCUGGUGGUGAAGCUUUAUCAGAUACCUUGUCAUCGUUUUGAUUUGCUUGCUGUGGUCGAACAGCUUGUGUGAAAUGCAGAGAAAAGCUUCACCAGAGACCAAACACUGACUCCUACUUUACUUCAAGAUUCUCAAAAGGGUUGUGGAAAUGCAAAAUUUCAGUAAUAUGCAACUGUACCGAUGCAAAUAGAAAAUUGUGCUGCUUUUGAUGUCAUUUUUUUUGUUUGGCUAUUUUAAUGGAGUUGGGAGAACAAUUAAUGUUGCUUCUUAAUGCUUUCUUAUAUUAUCAAAUUAAACGAGACAAUGAGUACCAUAUGUACUUGUGUUCUA